GGGCUCAUGUGAUCUGUCACAUGACAGCGGAUCUGCAGAAAGGCAGAAUGGGCCCCCGAGCCUGCCUCCUAGGGCUCCUUGGCCUCUUUGUCGCCGGCAAAUGCAGUUACAGCCCGGAGCCUGACCAGCAGUGGACGCUGCCACCAGGCUGGGUGUCUCUGGGCCGUGCGGACCCUGAGGAAGAGCUGAGUCUCACGUUUGCCCUGAGACAGCAGAACCUGGAGAGACUGUCUGAGCUGGUGCAGGCUGUGUCGGAUCCCGGCUCUUCUCGCUAUGGAAAGUACCUGACCCUAGAGGAUGUGGCUGAACUGGUCCGGCCAUCACCACUGACCCUCCACACAGUCCAAAAAUGGCUUUUGGCUGCUGGAGCCCGGAACUGCCACUCAGUGACCACACAGGACUUUCUGACUUGCUGGCUGAGUGUCCGACAAGCAGAGCUGCUGCUCUCUGGGGCUGAGUUUCAUCACUAUAUGGGGGGACCUGCAGAGACCCAUGUUGUAAGGUCCCCACGUCCCUACCGGCUCCCGAAGGCCUUGGCCUCCCACGUGGACUUUGUGGGGGGGCUGCACCGCUUUCCCCCCACAUCAACCCUGAGGCAACGCCCCAAGCCACAGGUGCCAGGGACUGUUGGCCUACACCUGGGGGUGACCCCAGGGACUGUUGGCCUACACCUGGGGGUGACCCCAUCUGUGAUCCGUGAGCGGUACAACUUGACGGCACAAGACGUGGGCUCUGGCACGACCAACAACAGUCAAGCCUGUGCCCAGUUCCUGGAGCAGUAUUUCCAUGAGUCAGACCUGGCUGAGUUCAUGCACCUCUUCGGUGGGAGCUUUGCACACCAGGCAUCAGUAGCCCGUGUGGUCGGACAGCAGGGCCGGGGCCAGGCCGGAAUUGAGGCCAGCCUAGAUGUAGAGUACCUGAUGAGUGCUGGCGCCAACAUCUCCACCUGGGUCUACAGUAGCCCUGGCCGGCAUGAGUCACAGGAGCCCUUCCUGCAGUGGCUCCUGCUGCUCAGUAAUGAGUCAGCCCUGCCACAUGUGCACACCGUGAGCUACGGAGAUGAUGAGGACUCCCUCAGCAGCGCCUACAUCCAGCGGGUCAACACCGAGCUCAUGAAGGCUGCUGCUCGGGGUCUUACUGUGCUUUUUGCCUCAGGUGACAGUGGGGCUGGGUGUUGGUCUGUCUCGGGAAGACACCGGUUCCGUCCCAGCUUCCCUGCCUCCAGCCCCUAUGUCACCACGGUGGGAGGCACAUCUUUCCAGAAUCCUUUCCGAGUCACAGAUGAGGUUGUUGACUAUAUCAGUGGUGGCGGCUUCAGCAAUGUAUUCCCACGGCCUUCAUACCAGGAGGAAGCUGUAGCCCAGUACCUGAGCUCCAGUCCCCACUUGCCACCAUCCAGUUACUUCAAUGCCAGCGGCCGUGCCUACCCAGACGUGGCUGCACUCUCUGAUGGCUACUGGGUGGUCAGCAACCAUGUGCCCAUUCCAUGGGUGUCUGGCACCUCGGCCUCUACUCCAGUGUUUGGGGGACUCCUAUCCCUGAUAAAUGAACACAGAAUCCUCAGAGGCCUCCCCCCUCUUGGUUUUCUCAACCCACGGCUCUACCAGAAGCAUGGGGAAGGACUCUUUGAUGUAACACGUGGCUGCCAUGAGUCCUGUCUGAAUGAAGAGGUGGAGGGUCAAGGUUUCUGCUCUGGCCCUGGCUGGGAUCCUGUGACAGGCUGGGGAACACCCAACUUCCCAGCUCUGCUGAAGACACUAAUUAACCCUUGAUCCUUUCUUGCUAGAAGAGUGGGCCUGUCCACUGCCCCACAGCCGGUGGCUUGGUCCCUGGUUCUGCACUGUUGGGAGCCCUGCUAAACCCUCAACUGUUGACUGCCGCAGCUUAUCUCCCUAACCCAGAAAUGCUGUGAGCUUGACUUGACUCCCAACGCUACCUGCUCCCUUAUACUCAGGUACCCCUGCCCCUGGCCCGGGUUCCUCUACAGAUGCUAUAACCUGCACUGUUUGGGAGCGUCCUCCGCACACCGCCCCCUCUUCCAUUUCUUCUUUUAUUUUUUUUUCAACUUUUUUUUUCAGUUGUUUACACUGUCUGUGUAGUACACUAUUUCACUUCAUCUUCACUCCUCAAUUCAUUGCCAUGAGACCUCUGCUCUUAUUUUUCACUCUUUCCUCCCCUGAGAAACACUGAGAAAUGAAUGCCUCCCUGCUGCUUCAUCCAGUGGACACUUCCCAAUCUUUGCUUUGUGGGUUGUCACAGUAGUCUACUGCCUCUCCUUCCUUAGCGACCAGGGCUUAACUUCUCCUCUGACCACUCCCUAUUCCUCCUUCAUUCCCUCUUCCCUCUUUCUCUUUCUCUGCUUCCUCAUCGAAUGUUGUUGUAUUUCAUUGCUCCAUCCUUAGUCUUUUGCUCUUCUCACUCUGCUCAUUGACCCUGGAACAAAUCAAUCACUGGCAUCCACAGCCAUCACCAUCUCCCUAUAUCAGAGUUUUUAUCCAACAGUGAUCGAUACCUCAAAAGUAAUAUGUGUGAUACUCAAUAUUUCAUCUCCCUUCUUCCCAAUCCCAAACUGUUCUCUUCUGUUUCUUCUUUGUAAAUGACACUAUGCUUCUUCCAACCAAGCCAGAAACCUAAAGUGUCAUCCUAGACUCCCUUUUCCUCACCUCCUCCCAUCAUCAUCUUCAAUCAACAAGUCCUGCUGACUUUAAAACUCUUAAAUAUAUCUUUACCAAUCCACAAGUCCUGCCAUUUGUAUUUCCUAAGUAUAUCUAGAACUCAUCGAAUUCUCUCCAUCUCUACUGCUACGACAUUAGCCCUGAGCCAUAUUCCCUCUCCUCUGAAUUGAGGAGGCCCUUGCAAGAAGUGUCCUUACUUUCCGCCCUUCCCUAAACCAUCUACCAGAGUAAGAUGCAAAUCCCAUAAGGUCAUUUACUUGAUUAAGACCCUUCAAAGAUUACUGGAUAUAGUUCAGGCUUUUUAUCAUGACUUAAAAACCUAAUCCCUUACUUGCCAUUUGUUCCUGAGUAACAAAUUGUUUAUCCUUUCCUGCCCUCCCCACAGACACUUUCACUUUUGCUCAAGAUAUUCUGGGCCCUAACAUUACACCUGGCUCCCUUUGCCUGGUUGACUUACAGAAUUCUUUCAAGAGUCAGCUCAGAAGUCACCUUCUCGUGUGAACCUUUUGGCUCCCUGAAGCUAGUUGAUUUUUGUAUGACAGAAAAAUCCUAGAUUCUUGAAAACAAACCUGUUUGAUUCUUGGUUCUGAUAUAGACUAGGCGAGAGCCUUGGACAAGUAAGUUCAACUCUCUGAAGCUUUUUCCUCAUCUGUUAUGUGAGGAUAUUGAUACCUGCCUCUAAUAUUCAGGGAAUCAUUAAACGGGAUAAAGUUAAUAGAAUGCCUAACACACAGAUACAGGCAGCAGCUGUUAGUUCCCUUCCUCCCUUGCACUGUACGCUCUGUGUCUACCUCCAGUAUUUAAACCCCCAUAUAUUGUUGAAAUGGCCAGUUAACUCUUUGCCUCCCUUUCCAAGACUAUUGGUGCCUAGAGGACUAGAACCUUGUCCUACUUAACUUUGUAUUUGCAGGCCCUAGCUCAGGACUGGCAAAUAGGAAUUAAAUAAAUGUUUGCUGCAUUGAAAAACCCA